AAGAAUGACUGAGUCACACGUCAUUGAGUGAAAACACCCAGUCCAGGUUGUGUGCUGUAUGACACUGAAUGCACCCCCUUUUCAGCAAUGGAAUGUCCCGUAGUUGUACAUGAAGGUCAAAAGUUGAACAAAAUGGCUGCCAUUGGUCAGAAGUGGGUUCCUCUGUACCAAGUUGAUGCCUUCACUGACCAGCCAUUCGGAGGCAACGCCGCAGCUGUGUGUCUCCUGGGAGAUGAGGAGCUAACUGAUGACCAUCUACAGAAGAUUGCGGCUGAGAUGAACCAGUCUGAGACUGCCUUCAUCUGUAAACUGUCACCUCAGGAUGACUUCAUCUCCAGUUCUGUAUUCAGAUUGCGAUGGUUCACCCCUGUGAGUGAAAUGCUCCUGUGUGGCCAUGCCACUCUGGCAUCAGCUGGUGCUCUCUUCUAUGUCAUCAAAAACCCCAGUUCCCAGCUGACCUUCCAGACCCUGAGUGGAGACCUGUUUGCCAGGAGGGAGGGAGAUUUCAUCUCACUGGACCUGCCUGAAAAUAAGUCACAGCCUCAGGAUGGUGGAAAAUACAAGGACUUAAUAAAGGCUACCAUUGGCUCCUUCCCUGUUCAAGAAGUCCGCUUCUGUAGUUCCGUUGGAGGGGACCUGCUGAUCAGGAUACCUGACAGCAUCACAAGAGAACAGUUUGAGAAGAUGACACCAGACAUCCAAGGCAUGAUGGCUGCCCACCAAGAAGAGAUAAGAGGAGUUAUAGUCACAUUGAAAGGAAGCCUGGAGAAUGGUUGUGUUGAUGAUGAGGGAGUCCAGUAUGACUUUGUCUCUCGUUUCUUUGACCCCUGGAGCGGUCUGCCAGAAGACCCAGUAACAGGGUCAGCACAUACAGUCCUGGCCAGCUACUGGGCUAAGGAGCUGGGCAAGACUGAGUUCUAUGGUAAGUUUGUAUAUUUUGAUGUGGUCUUGUAUUUUCAUGAUUGACACUUCAAGUUUCCAUGUUUUCCAGGGCUGUCUUUGAUUUUUUCCAUCCCACUCAUUGUUGGGUAGCCUAUAAGCCUAGA